GGACGUCAUUGUAAAUUUAAAAAAUUUAAACAGUCAGGAAUUAGGGUUCCACACUUCCUCAAAAAAUUUUCACCAAUUAAACGAUCAAACCUCACUGUCCCACUCCAAAGCAGCUCCCUUUUCUUCAAAUUCCUCUUCUUGACCCUCAUUCUCUCCCAAAGAAUUGAACUUUCGUGCUUCCCAGAAUACAUCACAGGGCGCUACCUCCUUCUGCAUCUUCCCAAGGUGUCCAUGGACGUCUAUGCGGGUGCUUGAUUAACGUGAGAAUGCACAGGACUUUUGCUUCUAUAAGGAUGAGAACAUGCACAGCACUAUAACAUAAUUUGCUUACAGUGCAAAGAAACUUAAUAAGAGAGAAUCAGUAUGGACAUACAUGCAAUUGAUGCAGAAGGGGGGAUGAGCCAUCGUGUGAUGUCUGAUGAUGGAGAUAGUGAACCAAAUGAAGGUGACGCAAAUAAUGCUGAGAAUGCUUUGGUUCAGGAUGACGAUAGGAUUGCUGAGCCGUAUGUGGGCAUGGAAUUGAACUCUGAGGAUGCUGCUAAGACUUUCUACAAUGAGUAUGCCACACGUGUGGGAUUUAGCUUCAAAGUUGGUCAGCUUAGCCGCUCAAAACCUGCUGGGACAAUAAUUGCUCGGGAGUUUGUAUGUGUCAGAGAAGGUUUGAAAAGAAGAUCUUCUGAUAGUUGUAAUGCAAUGCUUAGGAUAGAGUUAAAGAGUCAAGAUAAAUGGGUUGUCACAAAGCUUAUAAGGGAGCACAGCCAUUCAUUGGUAAGUCCUAGUAAGGUGCACUCCCUUCGGCCUCGCAGGCAUUUUGCUGGUGCUGCAAAGACGAUGGCUGAAAGUUUCCAAGGAGUGGGAGUUGUGCCUAGUGGUGUAAUGUAUGUAUCUAUGGAUGGGAAUCUUGCCGCUGCAGAGACAAAUAACCGUGGCAUUAGAAAUACUCCUCCAGCUGAAUUAAAUCGAGCGGUAAAGAACAUUGGGACCAUGAAUUAUGCAGUCAGGCCAGUUAAUAGAAAGAGAACACUAGGGAGAGAUGCUCAGAAUCUACUUGAUUAUUUCAAGAAAAUGCAGGCUGAGAACCCUGGUUUCUUUUAUGCAAUUCAGCUUGAUGAUGAUAAUCACAUGGCUAAUGUUUUUUGGGCUGAUGCAAGGUCAAGAACAGCCUACAUGCAUUUUGGUGAUGCGGUUACAUUGGACACAAGUUACAGAGUAAAUCAGUACAGGGUGCCUUUUGCUCCAUUUACGGGGUUGAAUCACCAUGGUCAGAUAAUUUUGUUUGGUUGCGCAUUGCUGCUAGAUGAUUCUGAGGCUUCUUUUCUUUGGCUUUUCAAGACAUUUCUUGCUGCAAUGAAUGAACGCCAACCUGUCUCAUUGGUCACUGACCAAGACAGAGCCAUAAAGACAGCAGUUGCUCAGGUGUUUCCUGAAUCCCGCCAUUGUAUAAGUAAGUGGCAUGUCCUAAGAGAAGGCCAGGAAAAGUUGGCUCAUGUGUGUCAAGCCCAUCCUAGUUUUCAGGUGGAACUGUAUAAUUCCAUCAAUUUGACUGAAACCAUUGAGGAAUUUGAAUCAUCAUGGACUUCCAUCCUUGAUAAGUAUGACCUCAGAGGACAUGAUUGGCUCCAGUCAAUAUAUAAUGCCCGUGCUCAAUGGGUUCCAGUCUAUUUCCGUGAUUCCUUUUUUGCUGCUGUAUACCCUAGUCAACUAUUUGAUAGUUCUUUCUUUGAUGGCUAUGUCAAUCAACAAACCACAAUACCUAUGUUCUUUAGGCAGUAUGAAAGGGCUAUAGAGAAUUGGUUUGAAAGGGAGAUAGAAGCAGACUUUGAUACCAUUUGCACCACACCAGUCUUGCGUACACCGUCACCCAUGGAGAAACAGGCAGCAAGUCUUUAUACAAAGAAAAUAUUUACAAAAUUUCAGGAAGAGUUAGUCGAAACCUUUGUUUAUACUGCAAAUAAAAUUGAAGGUGAUGGAGCUAUUAGCACGUUCAGAGUUGCAAAGUUUGAAGAUGACAACAAGGCGUAUAUUGUUACAUUCAACUAUCCAGAAAUGAGAGCAAACUGUAGCUGUCAAAUGUUUGAAUAUUCAGGCAUUCUCUGCAGACAUGUUUUGACAGUCUUCACGGUAACAAAUGUGCUUACACUACCAUCUCAUUACAUCUUGAAACGAUGGACAAGAAAUGCAAAGACUGGUGUUGGAACAGAUGAACGUGUUGGUGAAUUGCAUACCCAAGAGUCCCUUACAUUCCGAUAUAACAAUAUAUGUCGGGAAGCAAUAAAAUAUGCAGAGGAAGGGGCAACAGGUCCAGAAACCUAUAAUGUUGCUAUGAGUGCUCUUAGGGAAGGUGGGAAGAAGGUUGCUAUCACGAAGAAAAAUGUUGCUAAAGUUGCACCACCAGGCUCACAGGUUAGUGGCAUUGGUUAUGAUGACAGGAAGUCUUCUACAUCAGCUUCAGAUACAGCUCCUUUGCUAUGGCCUAGGCAAGAUGAAAUGACACGACGAUUCAAUCUUAAUGAUGCUGGUGCCCCUGCUCAGUCUGUUGCUGAUCUGAAUCUACCACGAAUGGCCCCUGUUUCCCUUCAUCGAGAUGAUGCCCAUCCUGAUAACAUGCCAAUUCUUCCUUGCCUGAAGUCAAUGACAUGGGUGAUGGAGAAUAAGAAUUCAACAGCAGGGAAUAGAGUUGCUGUGAUUAACCUGAAGUUGCAAGAUUAUAGCAAGAAUCCAUCAGCUGAAUUGGAGGUUAAGUUUCAGCUUUCAAGAGUUACCCUAGAACCAAUGCUAAGAUCCAUGGCCUAUAUUAGUGAACAGCUUUCAACCCCAGCCAACAGAGUUGCUGUUAUCAAUUUAAAGCUUCAAGAUACAGAGACAACUUCGGGAGAGUCAGAAGUUAAAUUUCAGGUGUCCAGGGACACAUUAGGUGCCAUGUUGAGAUCAAUGGCCUACAUCCGAGAGCAGCUUUCAAAUGUUGCUGAGCCACAACCAGAGCCUGUAAUGAAGAAGCAACGGAAAUAAGGCAUUGAAAUCGGCAUUGGUCUCUCUCCUUUGGUUUGGAAACCAAUGUUUCAUCAAAUUUUUUUGGUUACAAACCGCAGUAUAUAUCUGGGGGGCCUGUAUUGGGUAGAUUUCUUCUUCCAUUUCUCUCUUAUGUGUAAAAGAUUGGCCUGUAGCAUAUAAUGUAACUGUCACGAAUUCCAGAGUUGCAGCUUAAUAUUCAAUCUUGGUUUACACAUUGGAAAUCUGGAAUGGAUACGUUUCCAAAACCCUCAAGCUCAGUUGUUAUUAAGGAAGAUGGGAAAACAUUAUUACUCCAUUGUUUUAGUCCUUUUGGUGAAGCUCAGACAAGGAUCGAGUCGAGCAAUUUCAUAAU